AUGGCUAAGCGCAAGAAGGCUGUUAAAUUAACGCUCGUCGCUAGAGCAGAACAGCAGAUCCCAGCAGACGCAAGAGAGAGAAGCAUUCAACGAUGUCAACUCGGCAACCUUCACGGAACUUUUCCAACCUGGUCAAACGAUGAUCUACAGUCCCUGCUCAGCGAGGUUAACGGUGACGUCCAAUUAGCAGCUACAAGGAUUAGUGACGGCCACGCAGAGCAGUGGGGCUCAGUCACUCGGAAAAAGGAAAAGAAAACGACACCAGCCCCCGGUCAUGCAGCGAAGGAGUCGGUUUCUGCAAGGGGUGAUUUCCGUGGGGGCCGGGGCGGUCGUGGAGGACGAGGUGGUCUGCUUGGCCGUGGCGGAGGCUCUCGUGGUCGCGGUGGUCUUCCCAGAGGCGGUGCAGCUAACGGUCAUGUUGCUGUAACACAUCAGCAGGGCUCACCUACACCAACUGGCGCGCCAGCGACCUCGACUUCGGUCGUUACCGACAAACAUGACGCGUCGUCAGCCCCAAGCGACGCUCCGCCUUCAGCAUGGGUCGAGUCAUCCUCGUCGUCUCUGUCAGAGACCCCGGGAGCAUCAACAGGUAUUUCAACGCCUGGCUCAGCCUUGACUGGCGUUAGCACCACGUCGACGUGGGGCGGCGACACCGAUGUCAACGGCUCAACGCCGUCGGUUAAUCUCAGUCCAGUCCCAUCAAAACCUUCUAAAAUCCCCGCGACUUCAAAACGUUCAUGGGCUCAAGUCGCACGGCCCCAUGAGAAGUCGACUCCACCACCACCUCCCCCGCCAGCUCCUGUUGUUGCAUCUCCUGCCCCCGUGGUGCCCUCACCUAUCCCGACGAAUCCUCCAUUGCCACCGGCUCCUGUUCCCGAACCUGAACCAGACGCUCAGCACCUCGGAUGGGAAGAACCAACGACGGUUCAGGCGCCUUCCUGGGACGAUGAGCCGCCUGCGAAGCAAUUUGCAGAGUCUUGGCCACCAACAGAGGCAAAGGCAGAGCCAGAACCCCCUGCUCCCGUUGAAGAACCUACACCGACACAGGCGCCAGAACCUGUGCUCGAAAAAGCGCCAGAGCCAGAGCCAAUACCUUCACCUAUACCAUCCAAGGCUGCGGCUGCACCCGUACGACCGGCGCCUGUUACACAUCGUAGCAGUGCUAAAUAUAAAAGUGAUCAGCCUGUUAUCCUGCCGAGCUCGUUCGGCUCCAGCGUAGAAAAGGUCGGCAUGCAAUUCGGUAGUUUGAGCCUUGGAGGAGAGAGCGUGUUCGAUCCCCUUGCGUCUGAACCCGAGGCGCAACCGGCACCUGAGCCUCAAUCGCCACCUACUCCCCUAACCCAGCAGACUACAACUUCCUCUGAACCGUCUGCUAUCGCACCACCACCACCACCAACAUCCACUUCUCUUGGGUCUGGUCUUUACCAGCAGCAAUCGCUUUCCCACCCUACCCAACAAUCUUCUCCUCAGGUUACUAUCCCUCACGCCGCCCUGCCAACAUCCGUCUCCCAGCCUGCUGUUCCCACCCAAGCAGCGACAUCUCACGUGGCUGCAUCUCCUCUUCAGCCAUUCACACAACCUCAUCAGAGCGCUGUGACCCAAGCGCCUCCAGCGCCCCCUCAAUCUCAGCCCCUUCUACACCAACAACCCCCUCAAUCUCAUCUCCCCCAGCAGCUCCAGCAGCAAUCGCUUCAUCAGUACUCGCAGCAUGGACUUCCGACCCACCUCGAGCCUCAGCAAAAUCAGUCGCCGCCUCAAGCACAACCAUCCUCCGCUGCUGGUUAUUUCAGGCAGACCGAUGCCCCAACACCAUACUUCCAUGCACCCACUCCUCCGGCACAACAAGCCCAGGAUAACUAUGGUUCCUUCGGCCUUGUCGGUCAAGCUCAGCAUCAACAAGGAUCUCAUCUUGGAGGUUUUGGCACAGGCGACUAUGGGUAUGCCGACAGUCAGAGAGGUUUCUAUGACAGUUACCAACAGAGCAGCUUCGGAGGCCGUAACGUCUUGGGCAGCCAUGAAGAUAUCAAAGGCUUACCAGGAACCCAACAACAGCCCUCAUCAACGGCAGGCGGAUUACCGCCUUCUAAUACUCAGACCUCACAGCAACACCCAUCUUCGCAGGGUGCCGGCCAGCCUCAAAACCAAGGACCUUAUCCUCCACCUCCCGUCCCGUACUACUUCAACCCUUACACCCAGAAUCAGUACUAUGGCACCCCAUACAAUAAUGCAUAUGGUGUCCCUCAACCUUUCGUCAAAUACCCGACGAUGUACCAACCUCCAGGUCCCGGUUCUGCACCGAGUCCUGUGACGAAGCAGCCAGGUCCUGGUGGUAAUGUUGGUGUGCAGCCCCAGAGCAACCCAUACGGACAGACCCUGUACCAACAGACUGCCGGAUACGAUGAUUAUUCACAUCAGCAACACUCGCUCGGUGGUGACUAUGGAAAACAAUUGUAUGGUGGUGGUGCCGGACAAGGAUUUAUGGGAAGCGGCGCAGGAGGGGCUUCUGCCCGUGGUGCAGGGUCCCCCGAGACCGCGUACAAGCCAUACGCACCGAAGGAUGUCGGUGUUGGUGUCGGUUCUGCACGAGGUAGCGUCCAGCAACAGCAGCAACAAGCACAGCAGCAGGGUCAAGGACAAGGACAGGCAGGACAGGGUGGUCCCCAGGGCCAAGGGUUCUACGGCGGCGCUAGGUUUGGUGGAGGUGUUGGCGGUGGUGUUGGCGGCGGCGUCGGUGCGCCUCAGCAGAGCGCCCAUCAUCAGCAAGGCGGUCCCCAAGGGCAUUUGUACCCCCAGCAAGGCCAGACCGACGCGAGCUUCUAUUAUCAGGGCCAAGGUCGAUACUGGCAGUAAGGGAUCAGUGUGAUGGUCAUUUUGUCCGUUAAUUUUUCUCGCUCCCUCAUUCAUCACUCGCUUCAUUUGUGUUUUUUUCAUUUCUUUUUGUUUUCUCUGUGUCUUCAUCGUAGCAUACAUCUCAUCUCAGUUUCAGUCACUAUUUGUACGUUUGUAUCCUGAUGCUCCGUGACAUAUAAAGUCUUAUUUCCUAUCUCCUCCGGCGCGGUCUGCUGUGGUUGCAACCAAGGUGUAUUUCGCGUCUAGGUAAAUUACUGAUGACGGCUAAACUAUUGAACAACAGCUUAAAGGGUGAAUUAAGUCGUUUUUUGGCCCC